AUUUAUUCAUUCUGACAGCGCGUUCUCCAAACCCGGAUGUAAAUUGUGUUCAUGGAAUAACAAGACUCGAGAUAUAUUCAUUCCGCAGGUGAAUGCCGAAAUGUCAAAACACCUCUUGGUAGCAGCGAUCGAUUUCGGGACAACGUACUCUAGCUGGGCGUUCUCAUUCAAGCAUGAGUAUGACAGCGACCCGACGCAAGUAUCCGCCAAGCAAUGGCAAGGACAUGAGUCGCAAAAAGGCCCUACUUGUGUUCUGAUAAAGCCUGACGGGAAAACAUUGGAUUCAUUCGGUUUUGAUGCUGAAGCCAAAUACACCGAACUUAUUGAAGAAGAAGAACAUAACGACUGGUACUUUUUCAGGAGGUUCAAAAUGAAGUUAUGGAAUCAGAAACUCAUUCGAAAUUCGAAAUUGGAAGAUGAAAAUGGUCGGAAAUUAUUGGCAAGGACUGUUUUUGCGUUGGCCAUAAAGUUCCUGAAGGAUGAUUUAUGGGAUGUGGCCAACGACCGAAUAGCGGACGCAGUGUUACAAAAAGAAAUACACUGGGUUUUGACAGUACCUGCCAUAUGGGACAAUGCAGCAAAACAGUUUAUGCGUGAAGCUGCCGAAGAGGCUGGGAUAAAAUCGGACAUGCUGUCUAUUGCACUUGAGCCGGAAGCUGCUUCACUUUUCUGUCGACAUCUUCCGGUUGAAAGGAGUGGGGAUGAACUCUCUUUGGGAUCGUUGCGAGCAGGAAAACAGUAUCUUGUACUUGAUGCUGGAGGUGGAACUGUCGACAUAACGGUUCACGAAGUUACGCCAUUCGGUGACGUCAAAGAGCUGUACAAGGCGAGUGGUGGCGCUUGGGGUGGGACAAAAGUUGAUGAUUCUUUUGAGGAAUUCUUAGCUUGUUUGACAGAUAAAACUGUUGUCAAAAAAUUCAAAGAUGACCACUUGGAUGAUUACCUAGAUCUUCUUCGAAGAUUUGAGGUGAAAAAAAGAAACAUUGACCCGGACAAGGAUUCAAAAGUCGUCAUGAGCAUGCCGCUUUCCUUUUUCACAACUGUCAAAGAACUUCUUAACAAAGAUUUCAAAGAAGUUGUUGACCAUUCAUCCUACUCGAAACAGGUGUCCCUAUCUGGAGAAAAGCUGAAAAUGGACCCAACAGUUGCUCGAAACUUCUUCAAAGAUUCGAUCGAUAGCACGAUAGAACAUGUGAAAGAUGUUUUGCAAAAACGAGAAAACAGAGGCGUAGAAGCAAUCUUGAUGGUUGGUGGGUUUUCUGAGUCGAAAAUGCUCAACAAGGCAGUGAAACAAAAUUUUCCUGGAUUAAAGAUGAUCGUUCCUAAUGAAGCUGGUCUGGCAGUUCUUAAGGGGGCCGUGGUGUUUGGACAUGAGCCGAGAGGAAUUUCUGAGCGAAUAAGCAAAUAUACGUAUGGAAUUGCAAAGGAUUCUCGUUUUAACUCUAGCAAACACCCCGAAUCAGCGGAGUUCACUGACUCUGACGGUGUUAAUAUGUGUAAGGACGUCUUUGAUAAGCAUGUAGUAGCCGGACAGUCGCUGAAAGUCGGAGAGGCCCAGUCUGAACAAACAUACGUCACAAGACCAAGUCACACGUCAACUGUGACAAUUAGGAUAUUCGCAGCAAAAAGUAAAACUCCUUUUCUUGUUACUGAUCCAGGAUGCAGACUGGUUGGCAAAUGCAACAUUCCCAUGACUGGUACCGGAGCUGACCGCAAAAUUUUAGUAAGAAUGAUAUUUGGUGGCACGGAAAUCGACGUCGAAUGUACCGAGAAAGCCACUGGCAAUGUAUGGCAUAUUCCGAUUGACUUUUUGUCGUAGAAAUGUAUGGCGAUGAGCUUGUAAUUCUUAAGUCAGUGUGCAUAUUACAAUAUACACUGUACAUGCACUACAGUAUUAUGUUUGCAAGAACUGUUGCUUUCAAAUAAGUACGUAUACUGCAUCAGACAAGCAAAUCAUAAUGAUUGGAUUAAAUAAUAUAAUGUUGUAUCCUAAUUUAAUUGUGCUAGAACACAAUACCAUGGCGAGGCAAACUAUUGGGUGGAUUCCAAGAAAACAAUGCAACUUUAUUCCAAGAAUUUGCACUAUUUAACAAGCUGCGUGUUGAAAUAUUUGAUUCCCAAUGUUAUAUCAGACCUCUUUGUGCUGAAAGUCGAUUUUAUUAUAUACUCACUGUAGACAAACUACAUUGUAAAUAUUUGAUUGUAUUUAGAUGAUAAGCCUUGACACAAAUGUAAGCUUGUAUACUACGCUUAUGUCGGUUCAUUUCUCAUUUAAUACUCUCGACAAUGAGUGCUAUUUCGUGUAACCAGAGAAUAUACUAAUGUUUAUCAAAAUAUGCUGUUGAAAGGGAUUGGACACCAGCUGGUCCAAAAUUCGGCAAGUAAAGUAUUUUCUCAAAACAAGCCUAUAAUUGUCAAUGCGCGCUUGUAUGAAGCCGAUAAUACAUGUUUACGGGAUUAUAAGAUUAAUUAUAAGAUUAAACGCAUCAUACAUGUUGCUGUCUCAUCUGAGUGUCUACGUUUAACAAUAGCGCAUAAUGGUUUCCCAGUUUAAAUCAUAUCUGUUUAUGAGUUCAGAUAAAUAUACAGACGUUAUUUUUAGACUAACUGGGAUUUACGUGGUAGACAACCACAGUAAAUUUCAAAUUGAAAAAAAAUGCGAAAGAUACAUGUGUCGUAAGCGAUGUCACACAUCAGUAAAAAAGAUUCAAUGCGUUGUACACUACGAUGUCAAUUGUAUGUUAGUUGUAGACAAUUUCUUUUUUUCUUGCAAUUAUAUCGUCUGAUGUCUAGCAGUGCCGUAGCUACACUCGAGUGCCUCGGUGUGUUUUGUGGGGCAUAUAACAAUUUCUAUAGCUCUAAAAAUAACUCUUUUCGACUUACUUCAUUCGCCUCAAUGUACACAAACCAUUGACAAAAGAUACUCCAGAAUGCAAGGGGGUAGGCAUGCCUCUGGACCCCCAUAAACCCUUCUGCCUCGGUGUAUUUUUAAGUCUAGCUACGGCACUGUAGACUAGUAAUAUUUAGGUUUCACUUGUUUGUUCCUUAGCAUGUCUAUCUGCCAGGUAUGCACUUUUUAGAAGCUUCUGUGUUGUUGUUUUUUCAUAAUGCCUGUAAGUGGUAAAAUCAUAAAUUCAAAUGUUUGUAUUUGUGUGUCCUUUUAUCACAUUUAGCGAUUUUGAUUUGUUAUCUUAAUGAGGCUUGGGUUGUCGACUGCAUUGGUGCUAUAUCCAAAUAUUAAGCAUAUAUAUCUAAAUGAUG